GGAAAUGCGGACUCUCCUGCCGGAAGCUGCCCCUCCACCAUUUUGUGGCCCGCUAUGGCGGCGGUGUUGAGGUUGGGUCCGGGAUGCGGGGUCUUUGACUGAAGGGGUAGGCCAAGUGGAGGUAUCAGGGACGUCGCGCGGCACAGAAGAGGACCAGCCUGGACGCCGGGGACGCUGUCAUGUACGGCGCGAGCGGGGGCCGCGCCAAACCCGAGAGGAAAAGCGGCGCGAAGGAGGAGGCCGGGCCAGGCGGUGCCGGCGGUGGGGGCAGCCGAGUGGAGCUCUUGGUUUUCGGCUAUGCCUGCAAGCUGUUCCGGGACGACGAGCGGGCCCUGGCUCAGGAACAGGGACAGCACCUCAUCCCCUGGAUGGGGGACCACAAGAUCCUCAUCGACAGAUAUGAUGGACGUGGUCACCUGCAUGACCUUUCUGAGUACGAUGCUGAGUAUUCCACGUGGAACAGAGAUUAUCAGCUGUCUGAAGAGGAGGCGCGAAUAGAGGCCCUGUGUGAUGAAGAGAGGUAUUUAGCCUUGCAUACGGACUUGCUUGAGGAGGAGGCAAGGCAAGAGGAAGAAUACAAGCGAUUGAGUGAAGCACUAGCAGAGGAUGGGAGCUACAAUGCCGUGGGGUUCACUUACGGUAGCGACUAUUACGACCCGUCAGAGCCGACGGAGGAGGAGGAGCCUUCCAAACAGAGAGAAAAAAAUGAGGCCGAAAAUUUAGAGGAAAAUGAAGAGCCCUUCGUUGCCCCCUUAGGAUUGAGCGUCCCGUCUGACGUGGAGUUGCCACCAACCGCUAAAAUGCACGCCAUCAUCGAGCGCACGGCCAGCUUCGUGUGCAGGCAGGGAGCACAGUUUGAGAUCAUGCUGAAGGCCAAGCAGGCCCGGAACUCCCAGUUCGACUUUCUGCGCUUCGACCACUACCUCAACCCCUACUAUAAGUUCAUCCAGAAAGCCAUGAAAGAGGGACGCUACACUGUCCUGGCAGAAAACAAAAGUGACGAGAAAAAAAAAUCAGGAGUCAGCUCUGACAAUGAAGAUGAUGAUGAUGAAGAAGAUGGGAAUUACCUUCAUCCCUCUCUCUUUGCCUCCAAGAAGUGUAACCGCCUUGAAGAGCUGAUGAAGCCCUUGAAGGUAGUGGACCCAGAUCAUCCCCUCGCAGCACUUGUUCGUAAGGCACAGGCUGACAGUUCCACUCCCACCCCACACAAUGCAGACGGUGCACCUGUGCAGCCCUCCCAGGUGGAGUACACGGCAGACUCGACCGUGGCAGCCAUGUAUUACAGCUACUACAUGCUACCGGACGGCACUUACUGCCUGGCGCCGCCCCCUCCCGGAAUCGACGUGACUACUUACUACAGCACCCUUCCUGCUGGCGUGACCGUGUCUAACUCCCCUGGAGUGACGACCACUGCCCCACCACCUCCUGGGACCACACCACCACCGCCCCCAACCACAGCAGAGACUAGCAGCGGGGCCACCUCCACAACCACCACCACAAGUGCACUUGCCCCCGUGGCCGCCAUCAUCCCCCCGCCCCCCGACGUCCAGCCCGUGAUUGACAAGCUGGCCGAGUAUGUCGCCAGGAACGGCCUGAAGUUCGAGACCAGUGUUCGUGCCAAGAAUGAUCAAAGAUUUGAGUUCCUGCAGCCGUGGCACCAGUAUAAUGCCUAUUAUGAGUUUAAGAAGCAGUUCUUCCUCCAGAAAGAAGGGGGCGAUAGCACGCAGGCUGUGUCUGCACCAGAAGAGGCUCCCGCAGACUCUGCUCCCGAGAAGCCAAGUGAUGCUGGGGAGGAUGGCGCGCCUGAAGACGCAGCCGAGGUGGGAGCACGGGCAGGCCCAGGCGGGAAGAAGGAGGCAUCGUCCAGUAAGACCGUCCCGGACGGGAAGCUGGUGAAAGCUUCCUUUGCUCCAAUAAGCUUUGCAAUCAAGGCCAAAGAAAAUGAUCUGCUUCCCCUGGAAAAAAAUCGUGUUAAGCUAGAUGAUGACAGUGAUGAUGAUGAAGAAAGCAAAGAAGGCCAAGAAAGUUCUAGUAGUGCUGCAAACACUAACCCAGCAGUUGCCCCACCCUGUGUAGUUGUUGAGGAGAAGAAGCCUCAACUUACCCAGGAGGAGCUAGAAGCAAAGCAAGCAAAGCAAAAGCUGGAAGAUCGCCUCGCAGCUGCUGCCCGGGAAAAGCUGGCCCAGGCGUCUAAGGAGUCAAAAGAGAAACAGCUUCAAGCAGAACGUAAAAGGAAAGCGGCGUUAUUUUUACAGACCCUCAAAAAUCCUCUGCCGGAAGCAGAAGCUGGGAAAAUUGAGGAGAAUCCUUUCAGUGUCGAGGAAUCCAGCACUACGCCCUGCCCUCUACUGACUGGAGGCAGGCCUCUGCCUACUUUAGAAGUUAAACCACCCGAUAGGCCUUCGAGCAAAAGCAAAGAUCCACCGAGAGAAGAAGAGAAAGAAAAGAAAAAGAAAAAGCACAAAAAAAGAUCUCGAACAAGAUCACGUUCUCCCAAGUACCAUUCGUCAUCCAAGUCCAGGUCUAGAUCACACUCAAAAGCAAAGCAUUCUCUUCCCAGUGCCUAUCGGACAGUGCGGCGGUCGAGGUCCCGCUCCCGGUCCCCUCGGAGGAGAGCCCACUCCCCUGAGAGACGGAGGGAAGAGAGGAGUGUGCCCACUGCCUACCGCGUGAGCAGCAGCCCUGGGGCCAGCAGGAAGCGGACCCGCUCCAGCAAGGAAUCCAGGAGGUGACACUGAAGCAGCGCGGCUCUCCUGCUCCCAGCAGCUGUCUUCUCGUUUGUCUCAGCAUCCCUGGGUGACCCCUGCCUGAAUCAGUUCUUAACUGCUGACUGCAAAAUAGUGACUUUCCCCCUCUCUUCUUCCUUCUGUGUUUAUGCUGAAGACCCUGCCCCUUUGUUUAAAUCUCACCGUGGACUCAGGAGCAUUUUUGGUUUUGAUUUUUUAUUUGUUGUGUGAUAAUCCAUUGCUAUUAUUAUUCUAUUAGAUGGUGACAUUGUCUCCAGUUUGGCCAGUGGCAACCCUUUCAAGUCAGUUCUGUUCUUUUGACACCUCCCAUAGUUCUUUGCAUUCUUGCGUUUGGUACAAGAUAUUCCAGGUUUACUGGGCAUUUUCCCUGCUCCAGCCCUGGAAUCUACCAUUUCUUCAAGGACCUCUGGUUCCUUUUAGUGAAUAUUUGAAAAUCCAGAUGUGGACGUAUGAGGAAUUUUUAGGAGUAAAAUUUGGUACAGUGUGGAAAUAUAUAAAACAACAUUCGUGAAAGUUAUUUUGAGUAUGUCAUAAAAGUGUUUUUCAGCCAGGCACAAUGGCGGGCACCUACAGCCGCAGCUACUUGGAGGGCUGAGUGGAUCUCUUGAGCCUAGGAGUUCACAUCCAGGGCUUUUCACAAGAAUAUUGAGCAAAUCUUCUGGUAGCACACUUCAACAAGAUGUCCCAGUUAUCUUAUUGUAGCAAAUACAAUGAAUGAUUAGUUACAAGUUUUUCCCAUUGAGUUUCUAGUACUUAACACUGCACGAGGCACAUGGACAACUAUUUGUUGAGUGAGUGAAUGGGAGUUCACUGCUGCAGUAAAGAUCUGCCUUUAUACAUGAAAUGUUAAUUCCAGGUAGACUUUGCUAACCGAAGGAUGCAUAACCUAAUUCCCUAGAGCAACCACUAAAAACAAAAAUGUAGCUAAAAAGCCAAUAGCAGAUAUAAAGUAGGAUUCUAGAUGCUUUCUUAAAUUCAUGAAACAGCAGAAAAGGGCAGGUGGGGGAAAGAACAGAUGGGACAAAUAAAAAGCAAGAUUGUAGACUUAAAACCAUCUGUAAAAUAAUUACAUUAAAUGUAAGAAGACUAAAGACUAGUUAAAAGGCAGUGAUUGUGGAGUGGAUUAAAGAGCAAGACCUGGCCUGGCGCGGUGGCUCAUACCUGUAAUCUCAGCACUUCAGGAGGCUGAGGCAGGUGGAUCACCUGGGGUCAGGAGUUCAAGACCAGCCUGGCCAACAUGGUGAAACCCCGUCUCUACUAAAAAUAUAAAAAUUAGGUGUGGUGGCAAGUGCCUGUAAUCCCAGCUACUCGGGAGGCUGAGGCAGGAGAAUUGCUUAAACCUGGGAGGCGGAGGCUGCAGUGAGCCAAGAUCACGCCACUGCACUCCAGCCUGGGUGACAAAGUGAGACUAUCUCAAAGAAAAAUAAACACAACUUUUCCACCAAACUCCAGUCCCAGAUGGCUUCACCAGUGAAUUCUAACAUUCAAGAAAGGAGGGGCCAGGCACGAUGGUUCACGUCUGUAAUCCCAGCACUUCAGGAGGCCGAGGCAGGUGGAUCACGAGGUCAGGAGUUUGAGACCAGCCUGGCCAACAUAGUGAAACUCUGUCUCUACUAUAAGUACAAAAAAUUAACCGGGUGUGGUAGUGUGCGUCUGUAAUCCCAGCUACUUGGGAGGCUGAGGCAGGAGAAUCACUUGAACUCGGGAGGCGGAGGUUGCAGUGAGCCAAGAUUGCGUUCCAGCCCGCGACAGUGCCAGACUCCGUCUCAACAAAAAGAAAGAAAGAAGGGAUACUCUUUUUUAAAAAAUAGAUGAAAGAACACUUCCCAUCUC